GUAAUGAAAAUUCAAUUCCUUAUAGCAUGCAUUGUUUUUGCAUCAACUCAAUCUUCAUUCCUUGAAGAAUCCUUAAUAAAUAGGUCAUUUGCUCCCAUGACAAAUAUAUUCUUAGAAAAAUCAACCGAUCCAACUUAAUAAUAAUAAUUAGAAACAGCCACCCCUCCUGAAACACUUUAUACCGCCACCCUUGAUACCUACAUUAAUGCUGAAACAUAAUAAUAAAUCCUUAUUGCCCAGCAAUACGAGUCAGAUUUACCAGCCAAUGGAGAUUGUAUUAUUCUUUAUGGAUAAUGUGAUUACAAGGGACCUUCUUUCAAAUAUUGUGAUUAACCAGGAGAAUACAUCAAAUUCGAAAUCCCUGUUCAUUCUGUUUACAUUCCUAUUGGGUAUUCUAAAUAUAUAUUUAAGAAUGUCACUUAAAAUUAAAGAUGCCCUUUAUGGAAAUAAACUUAAUUUAAUUUAUAGUCAUGAAUGUAUAUCAGAAGGUAUUCACAUUCCAGAACCAAAAAUUUAUGAAGAUCAUCCAAAUGAAUGGUUUGGUGAAAUUAAAGAAUCAGAAAAAGCUGUUCUUGAUAGCGGGGAACUUACAACUCCAUAAAUUAAGUAUUAUGAUAAUGAUGGAAAUGUUAUUUGUAAAUUAAUAACAUUAUCAAUUUAGCUAAAGAAGAUUAUUAGAAAUUAAUCGAAGCCGAUUUACAAAAGUCCCAUAAUUUUUAUCUUGGAAUAGUUGAAUAACCAGAUUAUUCCUCACCAAUAUAAUCAGAAUAAGCAGAAUCUAAUGAAUGA